AUGAUAAUCACUGGGCGAAAUGUCGGAAGAAUAUGGCGGGUGCGGAAACGUUUCCCAGCCGAGUUCGGAAAUUUUUUUUCGGGUCACUUUUGCGGUAUGAGGCUUGGCGUUAUCCUGCAAGGAUAUCACUUUCUUCCGAUUGAUCAAAGAAGGCUGUUUCUGGAUGAGUCCUACUUGUACUCGUUGUAGCUGCGCGCAAUGCAAGUUAGCAGUGAUGGUUGCAUACAACAAAACCUUGUUUGGGUGCAAGGAAGCCUUGGGCGUGUGUGGUACCGAAUCAGUAGGCGACAACCAAUGAUACGAACGCUUAGAGUUUGAAUAUCCAUUUUUCGACGCAGGUUAAUAACCGAUUAAAAAAUGGUUCAUUAGCGUUGCGUGAAAUGUUUGCUGAAAAAAUGGUAAGAUGACUUAAUUUCUGAUGAAGAUGCAAACGAAUAGUUUCAGGACUCACUCUGAACAUCUCUGCAAGUUCUUGGCACGUUGUCCUGGAAUUUGCGUCCAGAACCUGUCGAAGAUCCUCGUUGUUCAUGAUUUCUUCUCUCCCUGAACGCG